AUGGUUAUCAAAACCGAAAUUUUAGAACUAAUGAUAUUAUAUCGUCAACAAAAUAUACAAAGAUCAAAUCGGAAUCGAAAUCGAAAUCAAAUAAGAGGAGGAAGAGGAGAAAGAAAUCGUCUAAAUCAACCUAGAAAUGGUUCGAAUCAACAACGGCGAAGUCAAUCUAGACAACCUCCUCGACAACAACGACAACCACGCAGAAAUGGAUCAAGGCAAAUUCAAUUAAAUGAUUUUAUAUCAGCCCAAUUGCGUGAUCGUUCAUCAUCUAUAGCGAAUCUACCUGAAGAAUUUGAGGCGUUUAACAGUACAACAAAUGUAAAUAAUGUACCAAUUGAUGCAUUACCUCAACGAGCCAUAUUCGCAAGAACAACACCAGCAGAUUCAACACAACCAUUCAAUGUUGUUAAUGUUGUUAAUGAUGAUGAAAUUCGAGAACAACCGAUUAUUAAUAGUGGACGAAAUCAGAAACGACAAACAUCAACAACAACAGCAUCAUUUAGACAACAACAGCAACGUCGCAUUCGACAAGAGCAAUAUCGACGAAACGGAAUUAAUACAAAUAAUCGAUUUGCUGUACUUGCCGAAGACAAUAAUGAUGAUGCUGACGACUAUGAUUAUGAUGAUGAUGACAAUGUUAAAGAUAAUGUCGAUAAUGAUGAGCCAUUACGAUCCUUUAAAAAGAAUAAUAAUAAUAAGAGAAAAAGAAAAAAAGAACGACUAUAUCUGAAACAUGAGCGGAUCAUUACAUGGAUACACGAAAAUGUCCCACAAAAAGAAAUUAUAGAUAAUAGUGGUAAUUAUGCUUAUGUAUUGACAUCUAUAAAUAUUUAUGACGAAUGGAUCCGGGCUAAUUACAAUCUACAAAUUUGGCAAAAUUAUUUCAAAAUGGCUACUGAAAAUAAACAUUGGGCCAAAGAAAUUAUACAACGAACAAAGCAACAUGAUGAAAUUGUGAAUAAUCGAUUUAUUAAAAAUAAGAUUAAUCAAUUAGCUUUGAUAAUAGUUCAAUCUAGUGCAAGUAUUUCUGAUUUGAAGACACAAUUACGUUCCUAUUGGUCACAAAUACCAUCCUACAAAGGAUCAAAAGCAGCAAUGGAUGCUAUGGCACAAGGUACUUCAACAACAACGUCUUCUACAACAGAAUCUACAACUUCAAAACUAACUACUACUUCAUUAGCUCCUGAUCGAGUUCGAGAUAAAGUUGGCCAAGUCGAAAAAAUAAUAUAUAAAUAUUUAUUCCAUUGUACUGCACAUGCCAAAAAGUUAACUGAAGAUCGAAUUCGAUCGGCUAAAGCACAAUUAAUUGAAUUUAAAGCUUUAGAAGAUUUUCAAUUGGCAUCUACCCCAAAUCAUCGGAUUAUCCAUUUUGUAUUGAAAUCCAAAAUGAAAUUAUGA